ACAUAUUGCUGACGGAGCUUUUUCAUUGAAGUGUUGUUGCAUCUUUGCCAUAUAGCACGUCUUUCUUUUCGUUUCACGACAUCCCUUUUCUCUCUCUCAUAACAGCAACCAUGUCUGGCAUCCUCACUACCAUCUCAAAGAUUGCUAUUCCUGUUGGAGCUGCAGUCUCUUUCCUGCAGUACUCCAUGUAUGACGUCCAAGGAGGCUACCGCGCCGUUAUUUUCGACAGAUUGGAGGGAGUGAAGCCUAGUCCAGUAGGUGAGGGUACUCAUUUCUUGAUCCCAUGGUUGCAGCGCGCGAUUCAGUUUGAUGUGCGCACGAAGCCACGCAAUAUUUCCACCACUACGGGAUCCAAGGAUAUGCAGAUGGUCACCUUGACCCUUCGUGUCCUUCACAGACCCGAUGUCAAGAACUUGUCCCAGAUCUAUCAGGGACUUGGUUUGGAUUACGAUGAACGUGUGCUUCCUUCGAUCGGAAACGAAGUCCUCAAGUCUAUUGUUGCUCAGUUCGAUGCUGGCGAGCUUAUCACACAACGUGAGCUUGUCUCUUCCAAAAUCCGUGAGGAUCUUGCGAAGCGUGCUAGAGAGUUCCAUAUCGAGCUUGAGGAUGUGUCUAUUACUACAAUGACCUUCGGUCGCGAAUUCACUAACGCUGUCGAACAGAAGCAGAUUGCUCAGCAGGAGGCAGAGCGCGCCAAGUUCAUUGUCGAGAAGGCUGAGCAGGAGAAGAAUGCCUCCAUUAUCAGAGCUGAGGGUGAAGCCCAUGCUGCCGAGAUUAUUUCCGCAUCUUUAGAGAAGGCUGGUGCUGGUUUAAUUGAGCUUCGUCGCAUUGAGGCAUCUAAGGAUAUCGCCGGCACUUUGGCCCAAGCUAAGAAUGUCACCUACCUUCCUAACCAAAAGGGCAACAACAUGUUGCUGAAUGUUCCAGUCUAAGUGGGUCUUUAGGAGCAAAACCAGAAUAAGAUAGAUCGUUAGUAGUAAAACCGUAGGGGACGCAUGCUAAAUACAAGUGUACAUUUGAAUUAUUAUUUUUUUUUUCCCCUUUAUUUCAAUACGAAC